AAAACCAAAAACUGAUGUAUCGUCUCUUUCUCUCUCUCAAAACCGUAAUCGAUCGAAUCAUCGUAACUUCUCCUCCUGCAAUCGAUCGAAUCUAAUGGUCAAUAGUUCCUUGAAGAAUCAUCAAGGUACGUUUUCCUGAUGCUCCGUACAAUCCUCCGAUUCGUUAGAUUUGGGGAUUUUAAAUGUGGUUGGAUCACUUAGCUCAAUGGUGGUUGGUGAGUUCGGUGUUAGGUGAAUGAAGAAGCUCUGUUUCUUCCUCUUCUAUUUCUAAUUUGCACUUGAAGCAAUCAAAUUAGGGAUAACUUUUUUUUUUGAACAAAGAUUGGGGUUUGGUGAUAACAAUGUUGUCUUCUACUUCUUUCUCCUUCGAGCAACCUCGAGUAAUAACCUGUAAAGCGGCGGUGGCAUGGUGUCUUGGUGAGCCAUUAGUUAUGGAGGAAGUUGUAGUGAGUCCACCUCAACCUCUUGAGAUCAGGAUUAAGUGGUUUGUACAUCUCUAUGUCGUAGUGACCUCUCUGCUUGGGAGUCUCAGUCUCUUUUGCCACGAAUUUUUGGUCAUGAAGCUGCAGGAAACUAACGUUGAUCAAAAAAAUGAUGAAGAAGAAGAACAGCUUCAUGGUACUCACGAACAAUAAAGAGUGCUCGCUAAUACAUGGAGAGCAAAUAUAGCUGCAAGCAUGUGGACUGAUGCUAUGAAUAUGGGGUCAUGAUGCAUUACUAUGACUAUGCUUUAUUUUUAGAUUGUUUCAUUUCCUUUGUUGGGUAAUUUUUUUUUCUUUUCUCCUUUUUGGUUCUUGUCUAGAAACGUAAAAGUCUUGUUUUCUUUUCUCUGUUUUGAAAACGACUUGCAACCUAGUGGUUCAGUGUCUUUUUUUGUUCAAUGAAACGUAAAAUUACGAGAGGUCAACUAUUAGAGCAAUCUGAGAAAGGACAAGCUUCCAACAAUGGGACAAUUAACUACUACAUGCGGUCUAGUAGGAACAAGCGUUGCAACAUACUCCUCCAUGUUUUCAAGCUCCUAGCCACAUAGUAGAUUCACGAGUACGCAACGACCAGAAGAAAUUUUCACCCACCAGGAUUCUUUCAGGGUUCACACGGCUCAAGCCAAAAAAAAUCCUCCAUGGGAAAUCAAUCACGUGGCCAACAAACCACCAAUAGAAAUAACGUACUUAGGGCAAAUUCUGUGUUACGUAAUAGUUAUAUUAUGGU